CGUGUGCAUCACAGCAGGAAAAUUUAAGAGGCGGAAAAAAGAACUGGAUUUCCACGUAGAACGUUGCCUUUAACGCGCACGAUUCGUGGCGAUGUUCACCACAUUUACGGACCUCGCGCGCCUGUGCAGGAUUUGCCUGCGUCAUCUGCGCGACCGCGACACCCACUGUCCCGAUCCGCGACUCAUCGCGAUUCUGCAAAAGUUGCUGGACAUCGACAUAUUGAAGCAGCCGCAUGGAUUUCCCACUGAGAUCUGCAACCUGUGCCACAACGCGGUGGUCUACUUUGACGAGCUGCGCCAAGUGGCAAGGGAAUCCAGCCAGAAGCUUAUCGGAUGGCAGCCAGUGGACAUCGCGGUCGACAGGUUCUUUCCUAGGUGAAGGAGGAGCCGCCGGACGAAGGACUCAAGGAAAACCAUGAGGAAAAUGAGCAUGAACUGGAGGAAGAGCAUGAAAAGCAGGCGGAUGGGCAGCAGGUAGAUCUGUCGAAGAAGCAGGAGGAUCAGAAGAAGAUUCUUGACGACCGGGAGGAUGAGGAGUAUCCAGAUGAGUACGAGAACAGCCAGCAACAGCUUAGCCAAGGCACUGGUAGUAAACGACGCGCUGGCUUGGCCUGCGAUCAGUGCGGCAAGCAGGUGUACAAGCUACCGUACUUGGAGGCCCACAUCCGCAGCGUCCAUCAGGGCUACUCGAAACCCUUCUUGUGCCGCAGCUGCGACAAGUCCUUCACUCGAUAUGAGCAGCUGCGCUCCCACAUGCGCAACGCCCAUCCACAGCUGGAGCAACUGCAGCAGGAGCUGCGCGACCUAAUCUGCGAGCUGUGCAACCGGCAGUACAGCACAAAGAAUGCCUUGGGCGAGCAUUUAAAGCGUCAUGCCCAGCGCAAGGAGCACGUGUGCGAGCACUGUGGAGUGGCCAAGGUGACCCGAACGGAGCUACUGACCCACCUGCGCACCCACAAUCCCACCUGGGAGCGCUUCAAGUGCGAGCAGUGUCCGCAGCUCUUUCGCCACAAGAGCGCCAUUAGCCGGCAUGUUCGGGUGGUCCACGAGGGUCAGCGGCGGUUCCAGUGCGGUCAUUGCGAGAAAAAGUUUGGCACGCAUGCCUCGCAGGUGCGGCACGAGCGGCUGCACACGGAAUCCACGGGCUCGGGAGAGGCAGCCGAGGAAUGGCCCUUUGCCUGUAUUCACUGCCAGAAGCCUUGCGUUUCGCGACAAACCCUUGAGUUGCACCUACGAAGGCACCGCGCGAGAAAGACGCACAGAAAACGAAGGGAGCACAGUCGGGAGAGUCAGGAGCAGGAGCAGGAGCACGACCGCGAUCAGGAGCAGGGCGCUCGGGAAGCUCAACAGGAUCAGCUCCGCAAGGGGGAAAAGCUACGGCAGAGAGAUCUCUCCAGGGAAAGCCACCGAAAUGAGGUGACCAUGCAGACAAGCCAGCGGCCAAAUGAGUGUCAACAAGGUCAAGAGUCCUACGAUCCGGAACCGGAUCCGCUGGAGGCAAGUCAGUGCAAGCUAGAGCAGGAAGAUGCACUCGAUCCGGAAUGGCAGCACAAAAUAGAGCAGGACGCAGAAUCGCAAGACUCGGCGCGACUGGAAGGGCAUUUCCAUGACUACAAACCUAUCCCUUCGAAAGCCUUAUGAUCAACUAUAACCUAUCCAUAUACGUCCGGUUACAUACAUCAGGUUAGCGCCCCUUGAGCAAAAAUCUUUGAUUUGAGAUAUUUAGAAAACUGUUAAAGCUAGAGUUUUGAAAAUUGCUUUUCAUUCAAACGUUGAACAAUUCUAUAAAUGUAAAAUUUAUAUAGGAUGCAGUUUCUUGUUUAUAGAUUUUUAUUUAAGUAAAAAAAAAAUCCAUAAAUGGGUUAAUUAAAAUUGGGUUAUCAGGAUAACGCCCCCUAAGAUAAUUUAAGUUGGUUCGAUUCAUUUCGAAAGAAAUUGGGAUGAUUAACACUUAAAUAUUUAAAUUAGAAUAUUUUUAAAGGAAAUUAUGGACUUCACACAUUCGUCUGGAAAGGGAAUCAUAUAUUUUUUUUGUAGGUAAUCCAAAGUAAUCGCAGACCAAUCGAGUUUUAUUCCGGUGAACGAUUCGUUUUGAGUGGCAUAUUGUUUACCACCCUCGUAUACCUUCCUAGCCAACCAUACCCACACGUUAUCUAUUAUAUAGUAGUAGUAUGGUGGUAGUAGUAUGGAAUCCAUGUUUUUGCCAAACGUGCAGUGUGGAUUGAGACACUGUCAAUUUGAAAAUGUCAUUCUAAAUUUCCAAAAACGUUUCUAAAGUAGGGAAAUGCAGUUUUGAAUUAUAAUCUUUUGCGUUCAUUUUUGGUGUUUAAAACUGCAAUUUACCUAUAACCCGACUGUGACAGCGAUCCAAAAUGUACGCAAAUCAUAAUAGUAAUGAAAAAAGCCGUCUGGUUUCUCCAGAUUAAAUUUCUUCUUGUCCGAAAAUACGACGCCACUCCUUAGACCAAGUCAAAUGAGCUCGAGCAAAACUCAGACCCGCUUUUUUUCGCAACUUAUUGAGAGGUGGUUUUAUUUUCAGUUUUUCGUGUUUUAUGUUUAGCUGUCUUAAUCACCAUUUGAAUCAAAGAUUUGAUCUGGUUUUCAACACUUUUUCUCGAAUUUUGGCGGAGAAGUCGUGGGAAUUGGGAGGUAUUCGAAGUAUGGACCUGCGAUCUGCCGCGGUAAAGACAAGGUUAUUGCCACCAUUAUUUUUUUUUUCCAUAAGUUUCGUUCUUUUGAAUAAAGUUUAUUAUAGGGUUGCGACAUCUGGCGGGUUUUCUGAAAUUUUAUGAUUAUGAGCAUUAAUAGAAUGCUAUGAUAUUGUAUAUUUCCUGCAGGGAUAACAGGGUUCCUCUUAAAGCAAACUUUUCAAUUCAACAGCAUAACAAAUUUUGUUGUCCUUACCUUAGGACCUUUUUUUUAUCCUCAAGGAGAGAGGGAAUGUCAGUGAACAAAAAACAACAACAUUGAUGAAUUUUCGUGCAAUGGCAAAACCAGAAAAUAAAAAUGAACGGAGCCAUGCAGGGGGCGCUAAUCUGAUGACGCGUAGUGUAUAUCCAAUGAACUAUCAUGCAAAUGUGGCUAGGACGCAUUAGCGAAAAUUUUUAAAUAUCUUACUUUCACGACAUUUUAUCCUUGCUACUACAAUGUAUUAAAUAGUUUUAUAUGUUCGCUUACUUCGUAUUUUAUACGUUUUAUAUGCUCGCUUACUCCAUAUUUUAAGUGCCUAAUAAAACUGUUGACGAU